AUGAGAUUUAUGCCAUUGCUUGAUGGGAGAGACCGGUCAUGCAAUUUGGAGAGAGCGAUUGUGUUGAUCCCUAUACGUACAAAGAGGACCGAGGACCGAGUUGAUGUUAUAUUUAUCCAACUCGAGACAUUACUAAAAAUAUAUUUAUCUCCGCUAUUGGAUGCAAGAUACUUUGGAUCGGUCAGUCAUAUUCUGGAUCUGGAUAUUCUUGUUAUCACCCGUCCUAGGAAUUUGCAUUUGAGUUUAAGAAAAGUAAUUUAUAUAAUGUAUACGAGCCUAGAGUACGUUGAAGCGAAUGGUCGCGUUAGAUAUCGGAGAUUUCUAACGCGAACACUCGAGAUUUACGCGGGACUGACCGUAGCCAGCGUAGGUCUUCACCUCUUUACAGGUCGUUUCAUGAAACUCUUGAGUCCCAUGCGAAAAAAGACCAGUCGAUUAAGAAGUGUUCAAAUCUGUGGAUUUUCGAAUGGUCUUCUCUCUCGCCCAGAGUCUAGCCGUAUACUCGCACAGAGGUCGGAUUUUGGAAAGAAUUACAUAAUAUCUCUGUUUGCCAACUUGCAGGAAGCUUGGGAAGGAGAGGCGCGAGUGACACGGGAAAUAGUGUGGUGCGAUCACUGAAGAAUAUUUAUGACCAGUGCUUGCGUAGCCCAAUUACUAAGAAAUUUAGAGUUUUGGGAUCAGACUAUAUCCUUCACAGCCGACUUUCAUAGGAAGAUGGAUUUAUAUACAGUGCAUAGUUGCGAAAAUCAGCACAUACAGCUUAUGAGGAAUCUGCAUACUUCGAGAUACGACGAAACUCAUGAGAAUCUUCCAUCCACAGACUGAAAAUGCAUUCUAACCAAGAAGUGAGACGGAUAUUUGAUGGGAAAUGGGAGCUAGAUUUCCAAUCAGUCCCGAGCACAGUCACAGCCAGGAUCAAAGAACAACACUCGAAGACGUGGAAACCACCGAAGAAGCAGCCAUUCAAUCCGAUAAGACGAAGGAUGGAAGAGAUUGAGUCUCUGCGUGAGAAAGUUUUGAAGAUUCUAAAGAGAGCCCAGAGAAUUUUGAACAAUGAAAUUGACGUGCGAACUUAAAUAGGUGGACCACUACAGCAAGCAUCAACCGCACCGGUCAUUAAGGCCAAUAAUGUCACCAGUCUCGAUGUACAAAACCGGAUCUGAACAAGGAGAAGGAUAAGUCCGAACUACGACUGUAUUACCAUAACACCUAAUCUCGUCGCUGAAACGAGAGAGUGGAUAUUCUCGUGCGUACAAUUCAUAAGACUGUUGGUUUUACUGGAUCAGAUGGAGUAAUAUCUAACUUUGUUCUGGAUUCCUUUCAGUAAGGUCCAAGAAUCGGUAGCGUUGCUGCAAUCCGACCUCUAUGUACUGUAUGUGCAGCAGGAAACCUUUUUGUCAGUAUUUGUGACUUGGUGUCUUCUUCAGAAGGAAACAAAGUAGAGGAUGAAGGACGGUAAGAUGAUAUCCGCAUGAUUGCUCUUUCAUAGGUGUCCCUACCGUUUUUUCUUUAGGUUAGUAUGGACGUUAUCCAAGAUAAUUUAGACAAGAAACUAAAAAGAGUGAUAUCCUUAUCUCCUUCAUGGAAAGCUCUAGUGCAACAUGUCAAUUUUGAUAUUCAUAUAUCCAAAAGCAUUCUAAUGACAUUCUACUGUACACUCAUAUGGAGAAUCACCGCCCCAAACAAUGUGUUCUGUUAUACUGAUAAUAAAAAUAGUAGUUAC